AUGCGAUUUAUUAAGGAGCAUUCCGACCUACCAGUGCCUCGAGUUUUUGCUUAUGAAGUUGACGAUAAAAAUCUGGUGGGCGCCGCUUUUAUACUGAUGGAACUAUUACCUGGCAGUGUGGCUAUGGAUGCCUUGGGCGGCUAUGAGGUCCAUCGCGGUGUGAUUCCCAGAAAAUACCGGGAAAACUUUUACCGCUCUGUCGCGAAGUGUCAUGUUCAGUUGACAUCGUUACGUCUUCCAAAAAUUGGGACGAUUGUCCGGAACUGCGAGGGUGGAUACGAUUGUGGCCCCUUGCCAGGAAUUGGCGGUCCGUUCGACACAGCAACUGCAUUUUUCGAGGCGUGGGCGGACAGCGUCAAGUUUAAGUGGGAUAAAGAAAGAAUCAUGAAUAUGAUGCAGCGAGGUCCGAUCCCGGGGGAAAAGAUGGUCGAGAUCAUCGAGAACUUCCCAUCACAGCUGAAAGCAAUGGCUAGCCGACUGUCCACGUGUAACGAAGGACCAUUCCCUCUGACCCAUGAUGACUUUCUCCAUAGUAACAUCAUGGUAGAUGAGGGUAGCUUUGAUGUAACGGGAAUUAUAGACUGGGAAGGAGCAUGCACCGUUCCCUGUGAGCUCGUCGCAUUCCCAGAUUUCCUUACAGCUAUGCCAGUGUCCUUCGAUCUGCCUCAGAAAUAUGAUCGGCAUGGACAGCCGUUGGAUGAAGAAUUACAAGAAGUUUGGCGUGAGCGAGGGGACUAUAUCGAAAUGGUAAGGUCAAUGGAGCAUGCGGAUAGCCUGCUCUCAACUUGCCUCAGCAGCAAGAAGAUCCAGGCUAUAGCUUAUUCAUAUGGUGCGUAUACUAGUGUUGGAAAGCUGGGCUUUUAUGAUCGAGUUAUAAAAGAACUAGACGUUCUGGGAUAA